CAGCAAGUCCUCCUCUGUACGGUUUGGAGCAGCCUUGGCUGUACAGGCAGCUGGAAGCAGGUCCUGAGCAGCGCCAGCGCAGUGCUAUUCUCCGACAUGAGGCUGGGACUGGCCACUCUGGUGUGUUUCUUCAGCUUUGUGUUGCAGUCGGAGUGCGCGCCUCCGACCUGCUACUCCAGAGCGCUCGGCCUGAGCAAAGAAAUCAUGGCUCUGCUGGAAAUAAUACACAAUUACCAUCGCACGAAAACGUGUGCUGAAGUCCUACCUACGAUCUUCCUUGAUGUGCAUAACGCAUGCAUUACCACCAAGCUCCGUGACUUUCUCUAUGUGGUGCUGAACCAUCCCAAUGACCACUGCAGAGGACUCCCCAGAAUGGUGCUGCUGAAACGUAAAAUCCAGAACUUGUACACCAUCAUUACCAGAAUUUGUUAUCGGGACCUGGUGUUUUUCAUGGAUGACUGUGAGGCUAUCGAUACUGGCCGGAGCAGCCCUUACUAUGCAGAGGACAGGCUUCAGCUUCUGCAAGAGGACAGAUGAACAACACACAGAGCAGACAAAGGACACUGGUCUAUUACAUUCAUAAAAACACAUAUCAGCAAUAUAUAGAAUGUGUGUACAAAUAAAUGUACAAUACACACCACAGCCUACAGUGUAUUAGAUGCAUCAUUUGGUUUUGGCAGGACACACAGUGUUGUUUCAUGCUGUACCUAGUUGGCUCCAGCAGACUCAUGUUAGGGGACAUGUGUGUGGUUACAUUCCAGCAAGGAGUGCAAAACUUUCCACAGGAAAUUUGCUGAAUGCCAGCCAUGCCGAAGAAAACCUUGAAAUAAUAAACCAAUAAGAGAUGCUUGUGAGUCGGAUUUUAACCGCUGCUUACUUACCAGGGCUGAUCAAAGGUCUGUGUGUCAUUAAGAGAAAUAUAUUGUGUUGUCAUAACCCUUGGUCUGACUAACGUGUCUUAAAGGAACACUAUAAAGCAUUUUGAAAACAUUGGAAGAGCUGAACAUGGUGGUUGAAAAUGUUAUGUAAGAAAUGGAUGUUCUAAGCAUUGCUUUCAGUUGUACAGUAUGUUCUCUCAGAAUUUUUUUUUUUUUUUAACCUGUCGUUUAAAACCAGAGAAAUUAUCACAAGUGCUGCUGCUGUUGCUGCUUAUGGCCUUAAGCACAAUGCAUAAAACUCUCACUUUUGUACACAUAUUAGAAACUCAGUUUUUUACAUAUACUUAAUGACAAUAUCCAUACUUUGUCUUAUAUAUUAUAUGCAAUAAAAUCUGUCUUUUAUGUA